AUGGACGGCAGGCCGGGGGCGUCCCCCCGCCGCGGCAGCUGCUGCCUGCGUGGACGUCGGCUGCUGCGCUGCCUCGGGAGGAAGGAGGGCUUUGGGAAGAGCUCGCCUGGCGGAGCCGAACUCCCUCCACCUCUCUUGUGCAUCUGCAGGAGUCUGCUGGCAGGGCUCAAAGCGCAGGGCGGCCAGGCAGGCGUCUCGGGAGGCCGGCGGAAGAGCCCUCGCUCAGCGGGGCUGUUUGUGCGGAGGGGGUGGAAUGCCUUCCUGGAUGCUGCAGACCUGCGCCUCACGCCCUGCAGCCGCUGCGGUGGUGGCUCUGGGAGCGGCCUUGCUCAGCGCAGAGCCCUCCCGUCCCAGCGCCAGCCUGUGCCAGUGCUGCAGGGCCCGAUCCUGCCCCGAGCCCCGCGGCACAUUCCUGCCAUCUCCCUUCGCGUCGGGGCGUGGGUGGGAAGGGAUGGGAAGGAAAUACCUUUCCCUGGUUUCACCGGCCCCUGCGGCUGCGGGGACAGGCUGGGACAGCCUGGCGAGCGCUGGGGCCGCUGCUUCCGGCACCGCCGCGGCCCCGGGACGGACACUCCGGCAGGGCUGGGCUGCCACAGACAUCCUAGACCCACGCCACCGGCAGGACCGGCUGAGAUGGCGCAGCCGGCGGGGAUGGCAUGUGUUCCUCACCCACCCGUGGAUGCCCGCCAUGGGUACCCCCCUCAGACACCUGCCCGGGGGCGGACCCUCCGUAGCAGCCCCUCCCCUCCCCGCCUACCCGAGGCCGUGGCGAGUUCCCGGGGGCGGGUCCGGGCGGCUUAUGCCCGAGCGCGGCUGGGCAGGUGGCGGCAGAGCGCGGGCAGGGCCGGGCCGGGCCGGGCAGCGGGACCGGACGGGACGGACAGCGGCGGGGGACGGGCAGCGGCGGGCAGCGGGACGGGCAGCGGCGGGGCCAUGGCGGCGGCACCGGCCCCAGCCCCACCGGCCCCACCGGCCCCGCGCUCCUUCAGCGCGGCCGAGGUGCGGGCUCGCUGCGCGCAGGGCUCCUGCCUGGUCCGCUGCCGCCGCCGCCUCUACGACCUGAGCAGCUUCGUGCGGCUGCACCCGGGCGGGGAGCAGCUCCUGCGGCGCCGGGCCGGCACCGACGUGAGCGCCGCGCUGGACGGGCCGCCCCACCGGCACUCGGCUAACGCUCGCCGCUGGCUCGAGCAGUACUACGUGGGGGAGAUGGAGCCCGGCGACGAGCAGAGCGACCCUGAGCCGGCAGAGGAGGAGGAGGAGAAGGAGGAGGGCGCUGCAGCCCCGCCCCCAAGGCAGAUGGAUCCCCGCUGUAAGAAGGUGGAUGAGGAGAAGGACCUGGUGGACUGGCAGAAGCCUUUGCUGUGGCAGGUGGGCUACCUGGGGGAGAAGUACGACGAGUGGGUGCACCAGCCCGUGGACCGGCCCAUCCGCCUCUUCCACUCGGACAUCCUCGAGUCCCUCUCCAAGACGGCAUGGUACGUGGUGUUCAUAGUGUGGGCUCCCGUGGUGCUCUAUCUCAGCUGGGUCAGCUACACCUCCCUCGCCCAGGGCAACACCAGGCUCUUCUCCUCCUUCACCACAGAGUACUCCAUCCCCGUCCACAAAUACUACUUCCCCUUCAUCUUCCUCCUGGGGAUGUUCCUGUGGUCCCUGCUCGAGUACCUCAUCCAUCGCUUUGUCUUCCACAUGAAGCCACCCGCUAGCAACUACUAUCUCAUCACGCUGCAUUUCUUGCUGCACGGGCAGCACCACAAGUCUCCCUUCGACAGCUCCCGCCUGGUGUUCCCUCCCGUGCCAGCCUCGCUGGUGAUCGGCUUCUUCUACGGCGUCCUGCAGCUGCUGCUGCCCGAGGUGCUGGGGCUCUCGGUGUUCGUCGGAGGGCUCUGCGGCUACGUCGUCUACGACAUGAUGCACUAUUACCUCCACUACGGCUCCCCCAAGAAAGGCACCUACCUGUAUGGCCUGAAGGCUUACCACGUCAAGCACCACUUUGAACACCAGAAAUCAGGCUUUGGCAUCAGCACCCGCUUCUGGGAUCACCCUUUCGGGACGCUCAUCCCCGAGGAGACCUUCGAGAAGGAGGACUGAUGGCCGCGGGGUGGCACCCGGCUGCCGGCUCCACCCCUCGCAGGCUGGGGCUGGCACAGCGGCGGCCCCUCCCCGGAGCAUCCCCCGUGGUGUGCCACGGUCCAGCUGGGGCACCCGCAAGGGGGCAAGGACGUGGGGA